AUGGCUCCUCGAACCGACUUCCCUCCCGUCCGGGCCUGUCUCUUCGACAUGGACGGCCUGCUUCUCGACACCGAGGACAUUUACACGCUGUGCAUCAACGUGCUCCUCGAAAAGUACGGCCGCCCCAACCUGCCGUGGUCCAUCAAGGCGCAGCUCCAGGGUCGGCCGGGCCCCCAGGCCAACGAGAUCUUCCACAAGUGGGCGCAGCUCCCCAUCUCCCACGACGACUACAUGAGCCAGUACAGCGCCCUGCAGCAGCAGCACUUCCCGGCCGCGCGCCCCCUGCCCGGCGUUGAGAAGCUCUUGUCCGAUCUCGGCCGCACGCGCUGGUGGGACCUCCAGGAGAGCGACAAGACGGUCACCGCUGGCUCCGCCAAGCCCCAGCGCGUACACAUUGCCCUGGCAACAAGCAGCAACAGCGGCAACUUCAAGGUCAAGACGGCGCACCUGACUGAGCUCUUCUCCGUCUUUGAGACGUCGCGCCGCGUCCUGGGAGACGACCCUCGCGUCCAGCCUGGCCGUGGCAAGCCGCUCCCAGAUAUCUACCUGCUCGCCCUCAAGACCAUCAACGACAGCCUACCCGAGGGAGAAAAGCCCAUUACGCCCGAGGAGUGUCUGGUGUUUGAGGACAGUGUGCCUGGUGUAGAGGCCGGUCGUCGGGCCGGUAUGCGCGUCGUCUGGUGUCCGCACCCCAUGCUGAAGCAAGAGUAUGCCGGCAGGGACGAGGAGAUUCUGGCCGGGCGCAUGGGCGCGGCUGGCGAGGCCGUCGAUGUUCACCAGCUCGGAGAAAUCGGCGAUGGUUGGGCAGAUUACUACCUCGACUUGCAAAACUUUCCCUACGAAAAGUAUGGCAUUGCCGUCCCACCAGCCGAGACGGAGUUGGAACCAGCUAUGCAGGAGAACAAUGACGAAGAGUUGAUUGCAGAGAGCGCAAAAAAUUGA